AUGUCUCGGGAAUGGGGCAAAUGCUGCAGCUGGUUGUGGCGAAGUUUACGGAUAGCGACUAUCAGCGCUUGGAAGGUGAAGGUUGCAUCCAGUUUGGAAACCCCAUCGAACAUGUCGAGGAGACGGAUCCGGCGAACCGGUCCUCUUGCGGCAGACCUCCAAGGGAAGCGCGUGGGACUACAAGACCAGUUGCUGAACAUCGUGGUUGAAAAGGAACGUCCAGAUCUGGCAGAGGAAAAGGCCAGAUUGGUCGAAGGUGAGAACAAGGAGCAAUUGGAAGUCACUGAGAGAAAGAUCCUGGAUGUUCUCAGUUCUUCCCAGGGCAACACCCUUGAAGAUGAAGCUGCAGUGCAGGUCAGUAGAUUGACAUCCCUGGCUUUGCUGGCCACGGCGUCCUUGAACAAAAGGCGGGCUCUGAGACGAGCACGUGCUGUUGCGAGGCGUCGUUGGUUCUUACAUCGCACAGGUGCUCUUUCUUUGGACUUUGCGGCCUUGGCCAAGAUCCAUCAGACCCUUGCGGCCCACCACAGUCAGGAUCGACGAUUCCUUGCUCGCAUCACUGCUGCUAUGGCGACUGUGAAGCAACCGUGGAGGUGCCGUGUUUGUCACAAGAUUGCCAAGUCCUCCAUGCCGAGAUGUGCUUGGUGUGGAAAGACGUGGCAAGAGGUCAUGGAUUAUACCUUUCAACAAGGCCAAGUGCAAGACCAGCAACCGUAUGCGGGCUAUACGGGCUGGCACCAAGGUGGACAAGGCAAUGCUCAAGGGCGCAAAGCCACACCUCGCAAGAAGUCCAGAAAGAGCAAACGAGAUGGUGGCUCACAUCAUGGUGGUCCAGGUGGUCAACAGCAAGGGGCCCCAAAUGCUGCAGCUCACAUGAGGCAACAAAUGGCCCAAAUGCCGGUCCUGAACCCGACACCGCAGGCCGCCCGCAGUGCCACUCCGUCGCCUGCCGAGAUCCACCUGCAGAAUAUUCUGGGCGCACUGAGGCACUCGGAAGAAACGUGGACUCCGGAGGUUCAGCAAGCUGUCCAAAAGGUGGACCACACCAACCUCCAGCUCAAUCUGGGGCAAGUUCAUGCCAGCGUGCGCGAGAUUGGGCGCGCAAAGACCGAAGUUGCAGAGGCAGAAGCAGCAAGAUUGAGACUGGUUACCUCAUGGCGGACCUUCCUUCAGUACAGUGUGGCUCGCUGGAAGGAGUACGCAGGGCUCUUUCAGUCCCAAGAAGCCGCCAUUCAGAAUCAGAUCAUGACUGCCAAGACCCAACUGGCACAGGCACAGCGUCAGUUUGGCAAGACGUCAGAAGUGGUGAAGGAUGGUGCGGUCUCCAUUUCGGACGACGAAGAAGGCACCAACAGCCCAGAGCUCAAGCAGGUCAAGGACGAGGAGAUGAGAUCGGAAGCCACGCACAAGAUUGCGGCAGGGCUUUCUCAGGUCGUUACCUCGCUUCAGGAGCUCUCCGAGCAGGCAGAAGCCGAAGAGCGCAAGGCAAAACGGAUGCGCGGCUCAGGAGAUGCUAUCCAAAAUGCAGAAGAUCUGGCGAUUGAUGUGGGAUUUUGCAACGCCAUCAGAAUCGACGUCUUUGACAUGACCAGGCCGAAGAGCAGGCGUGUGCAGACAUCGUUUUCUGACAUGAUCGACAUCUGUAUUUUUUCGGACUACACUAUGCCACUGAGGAGUUUCACCUUACCUCAGACAGCCUUUGUGGCUUGGACUAGCAAGCCUUGGUCGUUGAAUUUUUCACACCAGCUGUCUGCGGACUUGGGCUGGACCGUUUCCAGCAGAACUGAUGACGCAUUUUCACUGAUGCAAGUUCACCAAGUUCGACAUGAAUUGCCUCCGCCGGAUUGGGUGAGACUUUCGCGCCCUCCUGCAGAUGCCACAGUUGACGAAGCCAACCAUCCCGAUGAGCCCAUGACUUUGCCCCAGGAAUUCCAGGCGGAAGCCGACAUUGACUCCGAGGCUGACGGUUCUUCUUCCUCCUCGCAUACCGUGCGAGCAGUUUUCAUCUAUCAUUUGGAUGAUCCGGUCGUGUUUGGCCAUAUUGACUGGACGGACUAUGAUUGCAUGAUGUCCGAUGCUGCUCAAUUGCUUGGAGUUGACGUUGAUUCCUUGGUGGCUCUCUAUGAGAUAAAUGUGCCCCUCGCGGAUAUUGCCACCGACAUUACGCCCAUGAUUGCUCAUUUGGAAAAUGACAUGGAGCCUGGUGAGCCCAGCAGAUCGUGCCUGAUUGACUAUGAAAUUCAUGGCAACACCCGCGAAGCUCAUUACCAGACUGCUCCGGUGGUUGAUCGUAGGGUGCUUAUCACCCCAAUUCCUGCAACGUUGCCAGCCAUUUUCAUUCGUGCAGGCGUUGAUGUUUAUUGCCACCUUGAAGAUGAUCGUUGCAUUUUGUUCCACAACCAUCAGCCGGUGCUAUCUCAGAACCAUCCGAUGUUGAGGCCCACACAUGGUGACUAUCUGCGGUUGGUGAUCCCGCCUUCACUCUAUUGUGAUGAACCUACGCAACCUUUGCUUUGGCGCAGGCAGCAGCACAAUGAGCUCACCUGUGGUGCAUCUCCGAGUUGGUCUGACACCACUGGCUAUUCUCCCAGUCUGGUGGAUCCUGCAGAGCUCCGAGCACAACUUGGGUUACCAGAUCCAGAAGUUCAUGCCCACUUUGCAGCCCCCUCAGCUCGGCGAUAUCCUGCAUGGACAAUGUUUGGAUCAUGUCCCAGCUUCACGGAAGAAUUUUUGAGGGCAGUCAACGCUAUCAAUACUGCUGCGGAAAAUCUUCCUGAAUUUCAAGAAGAUGUAUUCGACAUCGCUGAGCUUGCUCCCUGGGCGCGUGAGCUACAUGAACAUUGGGACCGCCUAGCUACCAUUGGCCCAGGAGCUGUCGAAAGACUUGCACGAUUGGAAACGUGGUUCACCGACCACUUGAACUAUCAAAGGUGUCACCAUACCCGCGUCGCGAUUUUGGGACCCGAUGCCCUGCACUGGGAAGAGCAGCUCAAACACCUCUGGCGACACCACAUUAUCCCUGAGGCGGAGAUUGAGUUUCAUUUGGUCACUCCCUUGCCAGAGGACGCAUCGGGACAAAUCAUCGGCCAGCUCAUGAUUGUUCAGCGGCCACAACGCUUCCAGAGGUCCAUUGUGCUGUCAAUUUAUGAUAGCGACUACGACCGCGGCCGUGCACAUUCCCUCGCAUUGGUUAUGGCCGACCGUAUCGACCUGUUCUCCGUGAUGAUUAUGGCCGAACUGACGGAGGAUUGUCCUCCUGAAGCAGCUCACAAUGUAUGUACCCUUUGGUACGGUGCCCGCCAGUUUGCUCCAGCUGAGCGUGCAUAUGCGAGUCACGGACAUGCAUUUCGGUUGGUCCUGAGCAGAGCCAGGGUGACAUCAUACCCAGCCUCUACAGCCACCAAUCUUGAGCGACGCAUGGCUCAAAUUCCCAGCUCGUCUUCUCUGCCGCCCUUCUUUGGCCAUCAAGCAGACACCCCACAAUGGAUCGCAGAGUUAUCCCGAGCAUUUCAGGAUUUGGCUGCAGUGGAACGCCAAGAUGAGGGGCCUGUUGCCUACGUCACUACUUGGUAUCUCCAUGUUGCUCUCCGUCAAAGUUGUGUUCAAAGCAGAACAUUGAGGAUUCGAAACCAACCAUUGGAGUGGCAGCGGUCCAUUGUUGAACGCUGGGGGGAUCAGGCUGACAGCACUCUUCCUACCCAUCUCUUUUGGGUUACGCCUGCUCCACCUUCCUCUUUGACUCAGCAUACCAUUGGGCAUGUUCUGGUAGUUCAGGGUCUACCGGUUGAUCAAGUGGCCGUGCUGCUCACUGCGCGUGUGCGAGAUCAAGAAGGACAAGCACUGCAUCAUGUGGCGACCUUCAUGCCUGCCCAUGUGUCUGCAGAAAUGGUGGUGGAUGUACUUGCCCUACCAGGACCAUUGCGUCGUUUUCCUCGGCGUGUUGGACACGGCCAAACCUUUCUGGCUCCCUAUGUCACGCAGCCCAUUCAAUCUGGUUGGUCCCUGGUGGUCGAUGUUCUUGGCAGUCAUCCAGUUUUGCCUUCAGCGGCACCUCUUGAGGAAGAGGCCCUCAACCUGCUGCAAACGCAAGUUCGCCAACUUCCUGGGACCGCACAGCAAUCGAAGAAUGAGAUGGUGCAGCCCGUGCAUUCUCAGCAUCGCGUCACCCUGUCAUUGGAAGCUUGCCUGGCUGACAAUUUGCCUUAUCAAAUUACCCACCAUGCUUUUCCUGAGACUUUGUGCUGGCAUCAACCGGAUUGGCCUCGAUUGCUUGCGGCAGUCUAUCCUGGAUUUGCUUUGUUACCGGAAGGUCUCAAUUUACACUCCAGCACUUACUAUGCCAUGGCUCAUCCGGAAGAGUUCAGUGAACCUUCUCUUGCCAGCACUACCGCACUUUAUGUCGAUGGCACGGCUACUGGGAUUAGUGCCGCUUGGAGCGUCAUCGCUGUCCGUUUUGAUUGCAAAGGACGCCCUUCCUUGCAAGGCUGCAUUGCUGACACUGUGCGGGUCGACACCCAAGAUGCUCACCCAUUUUGA